AUGAUGCAAUCUUUAGCAACAAAAAAUAAUAUUACACUUAAAGGAUCAACAGACAUUGUAACUGAAUUCUUUUCAUAUAGUAUUAAUAGUAUUCUAUUUCAAAGAGGAGUAUAUCCACCAGAGACUUUCUCGAGAGUAGCUAAAUAUGGUUUGUCUAUACUCGUUACUACAGACCAAGGUUUGAAAGACUAUCUUGACAACGUUUUGAAGCAACUCUCACAGUGGCUGAUGACUGGUGACGUCCAAAAGUUGGUACUGGUCAUCACCGAUGUCGUGACCAAAGACGUUCUAGAAAGAUGGGUAUUCGAUGUACAAACCGAUCUACCAAAUCAAUCAGAAGCACCAAGAGUUAAACCAGAGAAAGAGAUAAUGAAUGAAAUUCAAGCGAUUAUUAGACAAAUCACAGCAAGUGUUACUUUUCUACCACUGCUUCCAAGUGCUUGUACAUUCGAUCUGUUGGUCUACACCAACAAAGAUAUCAGCGUGCCACAGAAAUGGGAAGAGAGUGAUCCACAAUACAUUACAAACAGUCAACACGUUAGACUUCGUUCAUUUACAACAACAAUUCACAAAGUUGAUACAAUGGUUGCAUAUAAAUUAGGUUAA